AUGGCCCAAAAGGUGGAAGCACAAGGAGGAAAUGGUGGCAACCAAUGGGACGAUGGAUCCGAACACGACACUGUGACAAAGAUUGAGGUCGCUGCAGGAGGGAAGGGUAUUCUAUAUGUUAAGUUCGAAUAUGUCAACAACGGACAAACCAAAGAAUCCCCUCUUCGCGGUGUCAAGCAGGACCGUACUAUCCCAGCUGAUCCGUUUGUGAUUAACCAUCCAGAGGAGUAUCUGAUUUCUGUAGAAGGUUGGUAUAGCUCUGAAGGUCUCAUUCACGGGCUAAAGUUCAAAUCCAACAGGAAGACUUCUGAUAACAUCGGCUAUGACUUUCAUGGUGAUGGUACUGAAUUUACUCUCCAAGUUCAAGACAAGAAGAUCAUCGGCUUUCAUGGUUUCUCCGACGGGUAUCUCAAAUCCAUUGGAGCUUAUUUUGUUCCAAUAGCCUCCACCGCUCCUUCAGUCCCUCCAUCACCAAUAGCGAAGAAGCUACAAGGCGAAGGUGAGGAUGGAGGGACUUCAUGGGAUGAUGGUGCUUUUGACGGUGUGAGAAAAGUGCAUGUUGGACAAUUCGACAUCGGUAUAGCAGCGGUCAAGUUUGUGUAUGAUAAAGAUGCUGCUGAGAUCGUUGGAGAUGAACAUGGCAAACGUACUUUGGUGGCUAACGAUGAGUUUGUGCUUGACUAUCCAAGUGAAUACAUCACAGAAGUGAAAGGCACCUACGAGAAGGUCAUUGGUAGCAAGGCCAUGGUAAUAAGUAUGCUUAAAUUCACGACUAAUAAGAAUCGAACAUCUGAUCAGUUUGGCAUUGAAUCUGGCAAAGCCUUCACACUCGGAGAGAAAGACCACAAAGUCGUUGGCUUCCAUGGAAACGCUGAUAAUCUGCUCCACAAACUCGGGGUCUAUGUCCUUCCCAUCACCAACUGA